AUGCUGGGCGCGGGCACCGCGGGACUCGCGCGGGCCCUGCGGGCUGGCACGCAGGCAUGGCUGUGGGGCGCGCGCGGCCGCUCCCUGGCCCUGGUGCACGCGGCCCGCGGGCCCCACGCGGCGGACUGGCAGCCGUCGGCCGGGCGGGGGCCGCGCAGGCGUCCGCUGAGCCUGUCUGCAGCCGCGGUCGUGAACUCGGCGCCCCGCCCUCUGCAGCCCUACCUGCGCCUCAUGCGGUUGGACAAGCCCAUAGGAACCUGGCUGCUAUAUCUGCCGUGUACUUGGAGCAUUGGUCUGGCAGCGGACCCAGGCUGUCUCCCAGAUUGGUACAUGUUAUCCCUGUUUGGCACAGGAGCUGUUCUGAUGCGUGGAGCCGGCUGCACUAUUAACGACAUGUGGGACCAGGACUUUGAUAAAAAGGUUACAAGAACAGCAAGUCGCCCAAUAGCUGCUGGAGACAUUUCAACUUUUCAGUCCUUUGCUUUUCUUGGGGGUCAGCUGACCUUGGCCCUGGGCGUUCUUCUGUGUCUCAAUCACUACAGUAUAGCUCUUGGAGCAGCCUCCCUACUGCUUGUCAUCACCUACCCGCUAAUGAAACGAAUUACAUACUGGCCUCAGUUAGCCUUGGGGUUGACCUUUAAUUGGGGAGCAUUGCUUGGAUGGUCUGCUGUCAAGGGCUCCUGUGAUCCAUCUGUUUGCCUUCCUCUUUAUUUUUCUGGAAUUAUGUGGACUCUGAUAUAUGAUACUAUCUAUGCCCAUCAGGAUAAGAAAGAUGAUGCUUUGAUCGGGCUUAAGUCCACGGCACUGUGGUUCCGUGAAGACACCAGGAAGUGGCUCACUGGCUUCAGUGUGGCCAUGCUGGGGGCGCUGAGCCUGGUGGGAGUGAGCAGCGGCCAGACUGCGCCCUACUACGCUGCCCUGGCUGCCGUAGGAGCCCAUCUGGCUCACCAGAUUUACACUCUGGACAUCCACAGACCUGAAGACUGUUGGGAAAAGUUCACCUCCAACCGAACAACAGGACUAAUAAUUUUUUUAGGGAUUGUCCUUGGGAACUUGUGGAAAGCAAAGGAGACAGAUGAAACAAAGAAAAAUAUAGAAAAUAGAAUAGAAAAUUAA